GCGGCGCUUCGGGAAGCCGCGGGGAGGCCCACGCCGGGUCCCGGCUUCUGGAGAAUGGCGCCGCUGCGGGUGCUGGAGCUUUACAGUGGCAUCGGGGGGAUGCAUCAGGCCUUGAAAGAAAGCUGUGCAUCUGCAGAAGUUGUUGCUGCUGUUGAUGUGAACACUCUUGCCAAUGAAGUUUACAAGUACAACUUUCCCAGCACGCCAUUAUGGGCAAAGACAAUUGAGGGCAUAACACUGAAAGAAUUUGACAGAUUAUGUUUUGAUAUGAUUUUGAUGAGUCCUCCGUGUCAGCCAUUUACAAGAAUUGGCCUGCAAGGUGAUAUAUCCGAUCCACGGACAAAGAGCUUUCUCUAUAUCCUUGAUAUUCUCCCAAGACUUCAGAAGCUUCCAAAAUACAUACUUUUAGAAAACGUUAAAGGAUUUGAAUCCUCUUCUGCAAGAAAUGAACUUUUGCGAACACUAGCAACAUGUGGAUUUACAUAUCAAGAAUUUCUCUUAUCUCCAACCUGUCUUGGCAUUCCCAAUUCUAGGCUGCGAUACUUUCUAAUUGCAAAGCUUCACCAAGAACCAUUCUCCUUUCAAGCUCCUGGUCAGAUAUUGACGAGAUUCCCAGAUCAGGAUCUAGAAGACUUACUCAAAGACAAAGUCACUGACAAAGUGGGUGAAGCUUCUUCUUCCUUGUGUUCUGAAGAGAAGAAUCUGGAUCGAAACAUUGGUCCCAGUUGCAGCAGCAAGAAGAGUUUACCAAAAGGGGCCUUUCUGUUUAAACUUGAAACAGUAGAAGAAAUGGAAAGGAAACAUGAUCAGGACAAUGAUUCCUCUAUUCAAAUGCUUAAAGCUUUCUUGGAAGAGGAAAAUGAAGAAAUGAGUCAGUAUUUCAUACCACCAAAGUCCUUGUUGCGCUAUGCUUUCUUAUUAGACAUUGUUAAACCCACCUGCCGCAGAUCCACAUGCUUUACAAAAGGGUAUGGGCACUAUGUAGAAGGGACAGGCUCAGUUCUGCAGACAGCAUUAGAUGUACAGCUUGAAUCAGCAUUUGAACAUAUUGAGGAGUUACCAGAAGAAGAGAAACUUAUGAAAUUGUCAACACUAAAACUUAGAUACUUCACCCCAAGAGAAAUAGCAAAUCUUCAUGGAUUCCCUUCAGAAUUUGGCUUUCCUGACAAAGUGACAGUAAAGCAAUGCUACCGUCUUCUGGGAAACAGUCUCAGUGUACAUGUGGUGGCAAAACUCAUCUCCAUUCUACUUGGAUAAUUUAGACCCUGAAUCUGAUGAGUACAGACUGGUGACAGAAAAUAUUUCCGUCUUUCAAGACAAAGCUGAUGGCAGCUGAACAAAAAUCACAUAUACCAAAAUAUCUGUUCUGACACUUUGAACAAUUCUGAUAUAUUUUUAACACCUUGCUUUUAUGGUGGAUUUGCAUUGUAGGGGUUUUAUUUAAAUGGAAAUUUACAGGACUUGAUUGCUUUAUUUAAAGUUCCUUUCUAGUUUGCAGAAUGAAAAAGAGCAGCAUUUACAUGUACCUCAGUGAAAAUGGAUAAGACUAAACCAUCUUUGCAGUACAGUGUAAAAAGGCUUUAAGUGUCAAAGCUGUUUUAAUUAAGUGCAAAGACCGAGUUCUAUGUAUAAAAUGUCUUCAUCUGUAAAUAUCAGUGAUCCAUUCUCAAAAGAUUUAUUGUAUAUAUGAUCUGGAAUUUUGAUGUGGUGUUUUGUAGCUGAUGAAAUGAUAAAAUUUGAUAUUUUGUAUAUGAUUUUUAAGAAGACUCAGUAUCAACCUCUCUAAAUACUUGCAGGAUUCUGGAGCCUAACUGUAUUUGUCUGGAAUGAUUUGUUUAAGUGCAGCUGAAUAAAAUAUUUCAGGAUUAUCAUAA